CCCCAUGUGUUUUGAUCGAGUGCGUAACCUUUUCCUGACUUUAUUAACUCCACCUGCGCCUACUUCCUCAAACUUGUCGCUGCCCGUCUCAGUUUUUAGGUCAUUCUUAUGGCGGACUUGCGCAUGCUAAUGUAAAUGCUCAGCAUGAGUGACGUGGUGGUCAGGAAAUUAAGGAACGGAUGCAGGGCAGAAGCGAGGAGAGGAAGUGAUAGAAACGGAGAGAAGGGGAACCACAAGACCUCCGAGGAGAUUCCUUAGGGAUGGACUUCCGAUGACGUCAAGUCGGUGCAGUCAUUGCGGUAGAGCCGAUGGCACGCGCGCGGAGUAGAAGAGAAGGGAGAAGCAGAUUCUCUUGCCGCUUUGAAUUGCCGAUGAGUGAGAUCUCUUACACUCUGUUCAAGUCGGUUGACAGCCGUGGCACGUAGAAUUGGCCUACGACUCCUCUGAUAAUAAUAUCAGUGACACCUUAAUUUCUUUACCAUCUUAUAUUCGGGCGGAGGAGGGAAGCAAUGAAGAAGAAGAAGAAGAAGAAGAAGAAGAAGCUGAAGUUUUGAUCCUUUCUCUCGAUAUAAAGCCCCGGAUCCAUCAUCGCUCGGAGUGUGCGAAUCAUGAAAGGGAAGGCAUAUGCAAUGAUCGUGAAAGUAGACGGCGGUGGUGAUGGAGAAUUCGUAUCCGGAGGUGUGGGCCCGAAAGCAUUCCAUCAGGUUUGGCUAAUGGUGCUUUCGCUUGGGGCCUGCAAUAUUCCAUUUGUUGGCUAAUCAGCUUCACCGAGAUGCCUCCUUGGUUUCGUAUUGAUGUGAGAGAGUUCGGUGGACGCUGGUCUUUGGGGGUGUGCUUCUUCGCUAGGUUAUUGCUGUGUCCCUCUCUCCCUGCAGACACAUGCUCAAACCUGGGAGAAACUAGGUAGAGAUGAUGAAUAAAAGUAUAGAGAGAGAGAGAGAGAGAGAUUGCUUGUUCCACAGACUCCUCAUGCUUUCCGACAACAGGGGGAGGGGAUCUACAAGAAAGUUAUCGGAAAGGCCAUUAACGGAGAUCCCACUAGGUGAUUAAACAAAAGAAUGUUGGAGUCGGGAGGGUGUGCUGCAUGCCUGCCUUCCUCCAUUCAAUUAUUGAAAGCUUUGGGAGGGGGUGGGGGGUGUCUAGCUAGGAUUGAAAAGGAGCGACAAGAAAAGAAGAAAAAGAAAAGACGAGGGACAAACAGAAGAUGGCUGAUGCCGCCAGUUCGGAGGAUUAGGAUCAGUCUUUUCUUUUCUUUUUUCGGUUGAUCACGCCUCAAUGUAAGCAUCUCUUUUCGUGUAUCCUAUGCGUGCUUCUUCCCUACUCCCCACCCCACCCCAUCUCUCUCUCCUCUCCAUUCCAUCGUUUCCCCUGCGCUUUCUACCGGAUUGGAAUGCUCCCUGCCCACUCCUCGGCAUCGUUUAGAUUCCUCCUAGCUACCUUCGAUUAGCCCCAUCAUCAUUCAUUCCUGAGACGACACCAGACGGAGCCCCUAACCCAACCCUAGCUGGGAGCCCCCAAGUCCAUGUGAACAGAUAAAAGACGAGAAGAAGCAUAAAACUUUUGGCCCACGCUCCCACCCCACCCCACUCCGGGCGAAUUACUGGUGAGAGAUCUGGGGGUUGCACAACAGUGGAUCUGCAGAGAAGCUGCCAACCUCUGCUCCUGCAACAACUCAAACUACUUCUACAACUAUCGCUACUCCCACACUGGUGUUUUUUUUUGGCAGAUCAUGUCCUGUGAAGAUAGCUGCUAAAUCUCGACAUGUCCUAUUAAACCAAAGGGAUGCAAGUUCCAGAAAUCUCCCUCUACUCAUGUUCUUCUUCUCCGCCACUGCAUCACCAAUCCUCCUCUCUUGGCUCCCCCACCUCCCCCAUCCACCACUCUGGAGACAUGCUUAGCUCACUGAUGUCCGAUGGAGGAGGAGCUCGAGAAACCCACCCUCAUCCCAAUCAUCACCACCCGAGCCCUCAAAACGGCCUAAUUUCCUCGACUAUCCAUGCUCGACAACUGUUGAUCAGCUGUGCCGAGCUUGUCCACCGCGGCGACCUCCCUGCUGCUGACCGCGCGAUCUCCAUCCUCUCUGCAGCAGCAUCCCCCUGUGGCGAUUCCACCGAACGCCUCAUCCGCCAAUUCUGUCGUGCCCUCUCCGUCCGCGUCGGCCGCGUUUCGCCCUCCGCUGAUUCUUUGGGUUCCCUCCGAUCAUCAUACUUGUCCUUCAACCAAAUCUCCCCAUUCCUCCGCUUCUCGCACCUCACCCCAAACCAGGCAAUCCUCGAGGCGGUUGAUGACCACCGCCAGAUCCACAUCCUCGACUUUGACACCUAUUACGGCCUGCAAUGGCCGCCUCUCCUUCAGGCCAUCGCUGAGCGCUCCGAUCCCAGUGAUCCUCCCUUCAUUCGUAUCACCGGAACCGGAAGCAACCUGGAAGUCCUCCGACGAACCGGUCACCGGCUUCAAAACUUCGCACACUCUUUGGGCUUAGGGUUCCAGUUCCACCCUCUUCUCCUCCAUCCCACAAGCACCAGUUUGAAUUUCACCCCCUCUCCUUUCCGACUCCAUCCCGGCGAGACCCUUGUGGUGAACUGUGUACUGUUCUUGCAUAAGCUGCAAAAGGAGGGCGGGAAUGAGGACGGAUCCAGGGAUCUACAAGCAUUUCUGCGAACCAUACGAGCGAUGAACCCGUCGGUGGUGACGGUGGCAGAGAGGGAAGCAAGCCACAACUCGCCAAACUUCAUGCAGAGGUUCGUAGAGGCGCUGGACUACUACAUGGCAGUGUUCGAGUCAUUGGAGGCGACGCUGCCCCCGACAAGCCAGGAGAGGCUGGCGGUGGAGCAGGUCUGGCUGGGGCAGGAGAUCGAGGGCAUUGUCGGCGGGGAGGGUGGCGGUCACGAGAGGUCAGAGCGAUGGGAGAAUGUACUGCGUGACGCCGGAUUCUCAAGCCUUCAGCUCAGCAACUUCGCGGUGUCGCAGGCGCGGCUGCUGCUCCGGUUGCACUAUCCUUCGGAAGGCUAUCAGGUGGAGCUGGUGAGGGAUUCCCUCUUGUUAGGGUGGCGGAACAGGCACCUCUUCUCCGUGUCUUCUUGGCGUUAAAGAACCCGGAGGAGGAGAAAAAGGAAGUCCCACACGUUGCUCAACUACAACUAUUGUUGCCAACCUACUCUUUCUUUGGUUUCGCGAUGAUUAGCGAAACCAUAUCAAAUGGGCAAGUUUCGCACAUCGAUCUAUACAUAUCGCUGAGCGUGCGUUGUGUAGACCAUCAUUAGACACCCUGGCUGGAAACCCUAACCCUAGCUUCUUCCAUAUUCUACUGGGAGGAGGGAGCACAAUGCGGAUGCAAUGCACGUUGCAUGGGAAGUCUCGGAAGUUGUGAAAACCAAAAGUCGUCUCCUCCUGCUUCCCAAGGUAAUCUCCCUUCUGGUAGGGUUCUCUUCUUUCUGUUCUCUCUCUCUCUCUCUCUCUCUCUCUCUCUCUCUCUCUCUCUCUGCUUUAUCUUUUGCAUCCAUUUGCCUGUGAACUGUAACUAGGAUUGCUGCGCCAUUUGUUAAGUAAUCGCCUUGCAUGCUGUGGAUCAUGUAUUCCCUUUUUGUAGGUCUGCAAUGAUGUGAUUUUGGCAUCGAGGAUAUGGUUCUUUUCUUUCUUUAGGGAAGAAGCAUAUGAUGGUAGUAUUAUGUUGUGAUGUAUGUUUUUGGUUUAGUUUAUUCUGGCUAAUUGGCAACCCACCAAAUUGUUGGUAUUUUAUGUUGCAGCUUGCAGUGGCAUCUUCUCUUUUGCUUGGUGCAUGCAGGAUGCUUUUUCGUGUAAUAAUCACGCUUGGUCACCACUAACCAGUAUCAUACAAUAUGCUUGAUCAGCAAAGUCUCCUCCCAUAAACAAAUCAAGGGAAGAAAAAGCUACAAGAGGCUAGAUGUGUUAAGAUUUGAUCUACGAUAGCAAUCAUGGAGUAGUGGAUAGAGAUCCUCGUCGAUAGAUUAGGUCGAUCCCUUGUGCUCCAUUCCUGUCUUUCUAACCUUGUUUAUAUCUUAUCUUUGUGUUCCCUCAAAUCACCAAAAGAAUAAGGUUACUCACAAGGCCAAAUUUGGUCACACAAGUCAUUCCAAUUGGAAGAUUUGAUCUUCCAUGUCCGAUAAGCUUGCUUGGUUUGUCCACCCCCAAAUUAAGCUAGCUUAUUAUUUCGAGAAAGAAUAUAGACUCAGAUGUGUGUAUAAAACAAAAAAAAAAAAAAGGAUGCAAGAUCCAACUGUUUAUAGGAAUUAAUGAGAGGUCUAUCAGGAAAAAACAUUCGAAAAUAGUAUGCAAGUUCCAAUCGUUUCUUGUGAUCACACAAGGUAUGCAACAUCGUUCAUACGUCCCAUCAUAUUCUCUCGUAUUGAUGAUUAAACUGCAUUCUUUCUGCCUUUAUAUCCCUCUCUUCUACCUUGAGAUAGACGAAGACCAUUGCAGAGAUAUUCUGAUGGAGGGCAGCACGGUUGGCCAGA